AUGCUCCGCGGUCCAUCUCUCCAGUUAAAUAUGAUGAUGACAAGGCCAUCCCUGUGGACGAAUCUGAACACUCAGAUGGGGAUGCCAAAGCAGUGGUCCGAUGAUGUGAGAGACCUCAAGAAGGUUAAGGUGCCACCAAUGGAUAUACAGCUGGAUGACUUCAAAGGCAUCUCGUCCUCAAAAGAGGAAGGGAAGCAAACCACCCUCUCAAGAGGGGUUGGGGCAAGGGGUGAUCGGUCGUCUAGUGGAGCUACACAGCAAGCCACUAUAUGCGCUACUCCGAAUUAUUCUUCUGAGACUUCCGCCUCUUUUCCCAGCUAUCCCUCUUUCCCUAGUGUCGCAGUCUCGCGGAUUCUCUUUAUUGUGACUUAUUGUGUUGGAAAGUCUCUUCUUCUUUCCUGCCUACGGGCCAAAUACCUGUGA